AUGCGUAAAGUUUAUUCAAACUUUGUCUUGGUGAAUUUUGCAAAAUAUCUCGCGAUUAUCAUCGUCCGCAUCCGCACCAUAGUUGACGACAAAAUCUUAAGAGACUAUGAUUUGGUUGAAGUGUUUGAAUACAACAACAAUAAUACGGAUAAUGAAAACGAUAUCAUAAAAAGUGUAAUCAAUUGUUUCGCCGCAAAAAUCUCUCGGCUUAAGAGUGGUGUCAAUGAUCUCAACGAUUAUAUCAAGACAUUUGAAAAGGAGAGACACAGGUAUCGGGAAUUGGAGGCAUUCAAUGGGCAACUAAUACAAGAUGUCCAACAACUCGACCAACAAAAUCACAAACUAUUGCAAGACAUUGAAAAACAACGGCAACGGUCGACAAUAGUGGCCACGCGGGCCGCCCGUCGCCACCGCUGUCGACCACAAUACCCUCGAUCACAUCGUAAAGGCCCAGUAGUGAGAAGCCGACCCACAUCGACAACAGGCCCCCGAUGUAUGACGAGAACUCAGCCGUCUGUUGCAUUUGCCGGCUUAUCAGGCUGGUUCGGUGCCACGUCCAGCCCAUCGCCGUCCCAAUCGCACCAUUUGAGCAGAUUUUCCUGCGCGUCCUCCAGACUGCCCCUCAUAAACGGCAACUCCGGUGGCCAACACUGGCACCUGUCCAUCGUCGCCUGUGCCAUACAGCCGAUGAUACAAUUGCCCUUGCUCAACGGGUGGUGCAGGUAUUCGUUCACAUCUUCGCUGCCGUCAUAUGACGAGAGCUUAUGGUCGACACAAUCGGUGGCGUAG